UCUAUCUAUCAAUCUAUCUAUCUCAAUCUCUCACAUAUCAUCAUGUUGUCUAAGAAGGCCACAUGCAACUCUCAUGGGCAGGACUCUUCAUACUUCCUUGGGUGGCAGGAGUAUGAGAAGAACCCAUAUGAUCCUAUUACCAACCCUUCUGGGAUUAUUCAAAUGGGACUUGCAGAGAACCAGCUCUCCUUUGAUCUUCUUGAGUCAUGGCUAGCCAGCCAUCCUGAUGCCAUUGCUCUAAAGCAAGAUGGUGCAUUCCUGUUCCGUGAGCUCGCUCUGUUCCAGGAUUAUCAUGGUUUGCCAGCUUUCAAGAAUGCAUUAACUGAAUUCAUGAGUGAAAUAAGAGGAAACAAAGUGGGAUUUGAUCCUGAUAAACUGGUCCUCACAGCGGGCGCUACCUCAGCUAAUGAAACUCUCAUGUUUUGUCUUGCUGAUCCUGGUGAUGCAUUCCUCCUUCCCACACCUUACUAUCCAGGGUUUGAUAGAGAUCUCAAAUGGAGAACAGGAGCUGAGAUUGUUCCCAUUCAUUGUUCUAGUGCUAAUGGCUUCAAAAUAACCAAACCAGCACUAGAAGAUGCUUAUCAACGUGCAGCAAAGCGAAAGUUAAGAGUCAAGGGAGUUCUCAUAACCAACCCUUCAAAUCCGUUAGGCACCACAAUGACCAGAGAUGAGCUUGAUAUCCUCAUCAACUUCAUUGCCUCUCAGAACAUCCAUCUUAUAAGUGACGAGAUCUACUCUGGCACCGUGUUCGACUUCCCGGGAUUCAUCAGUGUCAAAGAGGUGAUCAAGGGCAGGGAUGAUGUCUCUGAUAAAGUUCACAUAGUGUGCAGCCUCUCCAAAGAUCUUGGUUUACCCGGCUUUCGAGUCGGUGCAAUAUACUCUAACAACAAUGGUGUCAUCGCCGCAGCAACGAAAAUGUCAAGCUUUGGCCUAAUCUCUUCUCAAACUCAAUACCUUCUUUCUGUGAUGCUCUCUGACAAGGAGUUUACAAGAAAAUACAUUGCAGAGAACAAAAGAAGGCUUGCAAAGAGGCAACAAAUGCUCAUCAAUGGACUUGAGGAUGCUGGCAUUGGUUGCUUAAACAGCAAUGCUGGCUUGUUCUGUUGGGUGGACAUGAGGCAUCUUUUGAAAUCAAAGACAUUUGAAGGAGAGAUGGAGUUGUGGAAGAAGAUACUCUAUGAAGUAGGCCUAAACAUUUCCCCUGGAGCUUCAUGCCAUUGCCAAGAACCUGGUUGGUUCAGAGUUUGUUUCUCUAACAUGUCUGAAGACACUCUCAAUCUAGCAAUGCAACGUCUCAAGUCCUUUGUCGACUCCGGUCGCCACCGAACAGCUCGAUCAAGUAAUUCGAUGCCAUUUUUCGCUAAAUGGGUUCGCAGGCUAUCACCGUCCGAACGCAAGUCUGAACGCUAGUGCUGAUGAUACAUCCUCUCCUCUUCUUCCUUCCUUUAUUUAUUUAUUUAUUGCU